AACAAACAUGGCGGCGAUGCUGACAGCAAGAGCGCUCAAAAACGCUGAAAGGAUUUCUCCGAUUGCAUGGCUCAAGCAUUGAAAAAGAUAAAAAACUAUAUCAAGGAAGUUUAAAAGAAGUAUUCUUUUUGCCCCUUCCGACUGCUGAAAACUCGAGGCGUUUGUAGAAUUGGCAAGAUGUCACUUGUUGCAUACGGUAGCAGUGACGAGGAAAGUGAUGAAGACGUCCAAAAUCAUCAAGAUGAUAUCAAAAAGCCUCUGUUGACUACAGAAGGAAAAGUUCCAGUUGAAGCCAAGGGUUUGGUUCUGCCAUCGCCGAAGCAAACGAGUAAAUUGUCGUGUUCAUCUGAUCGAAAAAGCGCUUUGUCCUCAAUUCUUCCAAAACCCAAAAAUGUGAGCAACAUCGAGAAAGAAAAUAGGAGUGGACAAACCAUCCCUGGUAAUAAAACGACCCCUGAUGGCUUAGAAGCAAUGCUUGAGGAUGAAGAAAUUCUGGAAAUAGAAGAAGAGUACGAGCCUAUUGCGAAGAGAGCAAAGAAGGUUACAAAGAGUGAAGCUGAUAAUAAACCCAAGUCUGUGGGCAGCUUAUUUUCACUUCUACCAACCCCUUGGCAAGCUGAAAACACUUGGCAGAAAAAUUUGGAAAGUAAAGUAUCCACAGCAUGGGACAGAAAAUCAAAGCAGCCAAUCAAAAUAGCCAUCCCUACUGCCCCUAAGACUGAUUCUGAUGAAGAAGAUGAUAUGCCAGCAGCAAAGACACUUGCACCAUCGAAGGGAGGAUCAGGUCUCAAAGCCCUUCUUCCCAAACCAAAGCACAGCAUCACACUGAAAUCGGACAACCCAAACAAACCUUCAGUCAAACUGGCAAGCAGGCCAUUGAUUCCACACACGUUGACAAAAAAGCCAACCACUGUAGAGAAAAAACCUCAUAAAACAUCAAAACCCAAGCAGGUUGAAGAAGCUACAAGUGAUGAUGAAGAUGAACCUGUCAGCUUUUUUACAUUUAAUGACAAAUCUGAGAGUGCCAUUGAUGAAAAAGACAAUGCUUCCCAAAGUCAUAUUUCUGAGUCAAACAGAAGUUUCAUAGCUCCAUUGGUAGAAAGUAAACAUCCUUCGGUAGCAUCCUCUUCACAUGGCGAGAUGUCACCAAGUACAAGCACUUCCCAUAGUAGUGGCAAGCAUGUGACUGUAACACCAUCCCCAGAAAUAGUUGAACCUAUUACCCAGGCUGGUGUUGGAAGUGGGGAGAAUCCAAGCCGACAGGAAUUAGAAACUAGGACAUACUACUAUGAACAACAAAGUGGGCAGAACCAGCAGUAUGGAGGAUAUUCCAAUGAAAAUUAUGCAAGUUAUAGCUAUGAUGCUGGCAGCUCUUUUGUCAAUCAACCUUAUUACAGCCAAGAGACUGAAACUUACACCUACACCUACCCUACAGGGGCAUCAGCAGUGGCACAAGCUCAAGGACAACAGGAGGAAACAGACCUUGAUUUAGAGAAGUUACAUAAACUCCAGGGAAGAAGGAAUCGUCGCGAGGAGAUUAACAUUGUUGAUGUUAAUGCUGCUGACCAGGUCGGAGACUCAGCGGCGAUGUUGGCUAAAUAUGGAACAGAAGAAAUUGCAUACGCACCUUCAAGGAAAAAGAAAGACAUGCCAACCAAUCAGCAAAGAAGAAAGCAUCAGAUCACUUAUUUGGCUUUUCAGGCUAAAGAACGGGAGCUGGAACUUCGUCAACAGUGGUCAGCCAACCGGCAGACUCGCAGACAGACUCAGUCAAAGUAUGGGUUUUAAGGAGAAAUACGUGCACAAUGCGCAUGUGUGCAGUGUAUAGACAGUGAUGCUUGAUCUCAUGUAGAUGUGCCUGUGUUUUUGGUGACCCGUUAGGGAGAUGUAGCCUCUCAGAAUGCAAAGUUACAUGUAUGAAUUAAAUGUCUCUUCAUUUACUCGUGACGUUGUAAAUCCGCACAUUGGGGUACAAACACCUAUUGGGGGUAAAAAAAGAAACCUACUCUAGUGCCCUUAGGGCUGUAAUGAAAUCUGCAAAUUAUGUUAAAAUUCGUUAACGAGAUAGUAUGGAAUUGUACGAGUCGCUCUGUAAGAUACUCGUUCACGAAUUGCAAUAAAAAGAACAGACUUAAAUGGUA